AUGGCUGAUGUGGCACCUGCUGGCCGCGGAUCAGCCCCCCUGUCCUCCAAUCCCCGGCAGAAGACCGCCGUUCCCGGCAAAUCCGGAGCCCGGGGCCGAUACGCAGCAAAGGCUUGCCAAGAGUGCCGCCGUCGCCGUGCAAAGUGUGAUGGCCAGAAGCCAGGAUGCUCACGGUGUUCUGGCCGCCAACUGGAUUGUGUCUACACCACGGAAGAUGACGGCCGUGGAAUGGCCCCCAAGGCAUACGUUCGACAGCUGCAGGCUAGGAUUCAAAUCCUUGAAGAGAUUCUACGCAUGCACUCUAUUGAUAUCGAUGCUUCCGCGACCCAGUUGAUGCUGGGGAACGUUAUUCCACAAAGCUCCACAACCGAUGUCUCGGCGACUGCAAUUGAUCAAUUGUGUGACGCUGUUGAGGGGGCAUUGGCUCUUGAUGAAUCAAUGAAUUUUGACCGAGAUGGAGAAGCGCGAUAUUUUGGUACUACAAGUGGUCGCCUUGAAUUUCGGGCUUCUGAUGAUCUUUCACCCCGGGAGCACUCUUCACCACUCACAGACUUGUAUGAACCGACAUUUGGUGACCAAGUAAUUGUUGACCAAGAAGUUGAGGCUCAACUCCUAGACCUUUACUUUAUCUGGGACAAUCCCUGGUUUCAGGUCGUUGACGAGGCACUAUUUCGUGAUAGCAAGAGCAGCAAGGGCCGGUAUUACAGCCCGCUGUUGCUGCACUGCAUACUUGCUUGUGGAUCUCGAUACUCGGAUUGUGUCGAAGCACGUUCGGAUCCCGAAGAUGCAAACACGGCCGGUCGCCCAUUUCUUAAUACGAUCGAGGCCCUCCUUCAUGACGAACUCAAGCGACCAAGUAUCACGACGAUUCAAUCCCUGGCUAUUUUAAGUAUCGUUUACUUUGGUUCCGGACAAGACGCUGCCGGAUGGCUGUACUCGGGCAUGGCGAAUAGACUGGUCGUGGAUAUGGGUCUUCAUCUCGACCCAGACACUCUGGUUAGCUCAGUACGUAUGACCGUGGAAGAAGCAGAGCUUCGGAGGCAGUUGUACUGGGCGUUGUAUUGCGUGGAUAAGACCUCUGCCGGCUAUACGGGAAGGGUUUGCGCUAUGCUUGUGAGUUCCCCUCAAUCAAAGCCUACGAGCCCACGCUCUGACAAUAGCGGCGGACGGAAGGAUUUUCAAGGGGCUGUCAAACUACCAGAGAUACCAAAACAUGCCCAACAGGGCGACCCUCGUCACACCCUUUACUCAGUCAACCCGAACAUGUCGGUCAGCCUACAUACCUCUUGGAUCAAACUGAGCCAAAUCAUGGAAAGAGUCCUCUCUAGUCUAUAUGCCCCAAAGAAGUUGCCAGUCGGUGACCAACGCCGAAACUUUUUCGACUCGACUCUUCUGGAGCUGAAGAGCUGGCUAUAUGGUUUAUGCACAGAGCUCAAGCCCAUCAAAGGCGGAGUUCUUAACAAGUUCCCACAAGCCUACACCCUCUGCAUGGUAUACCAUACCGUUGUUAUCCUUCUUUCAAGGCCGUAUAUCCAGCGUCACCGGCCUUCCAGCUCGCGUCAGCAACCGUGGCAACAAGUUGACCCGCUAACACAAAAAGCCGUUACCAUAUACCUCGAAGCUGCGAGGAGCGUAUCUUCCCUAGGAGAUCAAUAUCGUCAAGUGUUUGGAAGCUUUCGAAAAAGUCCACUGGUAGCGACAUACGUAAACCUUUCAGCAGCACUGGCGUUACUCGAUCCACCCUGCCAUAGCCGACAAGGCCAUGGGCCCGGCGAAGCAGAUGACGACAGAAUCAAGUCCUGCCUUCAAACGCUGGAGGAGCUAUCAACUGCAUGGAAGCCUCCUGCUAAUUAUCAUUGCGGGUUGCUGAAGAUUAUACGAGAUCGCAUGGGGAGUGAACAGAGCAAGGUGCCAGUAACCGAGUCUAUGAUAAGCCAAGGUGACCCUUAUCAAUAUUCACAAGAGACGGGAUCAAAUGGUGCACUGUUAGAAAAGCAGGCUGGAGGUGGCCAAGCGACUGAGAAUAUGGAUUGGCCUUUAUGGGCACUGGAAGAGAAUCCAGAUAUGCAACCAGUUUCAGAACCUGGUUUUGGAAUCCAGCCAGAUAGUGAUGCAAUAUGGGAGAACUUCGCCUGGAAUUGGCCCAGCCAGUCAUUUUUAGGAGAUUUAACAGACAGCUGA